CUUGCGGAAACUCUUUGCAUUCGUGUUUAUCAAGAACGUGGAGUGAAAAUGGCCAAGCGCACGAAAAAGGUUGGAAUUGUGGGAAAGUAUGGCACGCGUUAUGGUGCGUCGCUGAGGAAGAUGGUCAAGAAGAUCGAAAUCACCCAGCACUCCAAAUACACCUGCACAUUCUGCGGAAAGGACGCCAUGAAGCGCACCGUGGUGGGCAUCUGGUCAUGCAAAAGGUGCAAGCGUCGUGUCGCCGGGGGAGCCUGGGUGUACUCCACAACGGCCGCUGCUUCAGUCAGGUCGGCUAUUCGGCGACUGAGGGAGACCAAGGAGCAGUAAAACGCCUCCUGAAUCCCCCAAAUAAAACUCUCAAUUUGCCGGAAGUGAAAAAAUAAAUAAAAAAAGAUUUUAAAAUAACAA